UCAGACAAAGACCAGCUACAGACCAGUUACAACACUGCAAUAAGAGAGAGAGACCAGUUGCAGACCAGGUACAACACUGCAAUAAAAGAGAGAGACCAGUUGCAGACCAGGUACAACACUGCAAUAAAAGAGAGAGACCAGCUGCAGUCCAGUAACAGCGUACUGACAAAAGAGAAAACCCAGCUGGAGACGAAUUACAGGAUGUGUUCUGCCUCAAAAGAGCAACUGGAGAAGCAAGUCUGUCCAGAACGGUGGAACAGCUUCAAGUUCAGCUGUUACUACAUUUCUAAUGAGGAGAAGAACUGGGACACCAGCCGGCAGUACUGUAAAGACAGAGGAGCAGAUCUGGUGAUCAUUAACAGCAAAGAGGAGCAGGCCUUCAUUGACCGCUUUAAUAGUCGUUUCUGGAUUGGACUGAGUGACAAAGAGAGAGAAGGAACCUGGAAAUGGGUGGAUGAUGCAAGUGCUCAUGAUGCUCAUGCCAAAUACAAUGCAUUGGAAAGAGAGAAAGAGCAGCUCUGGACCAACUGGAGUUCAGUAGUAGCAGAAAGAGAGCAGUUACAGACCAGUAACACAAAACUGGCAGCAGAGAAAAAACAGUUGCAGACCAAUUACAACCACUGUUCUUCCUCAAAAAAGCAGCUGGAAAAGAAAGUCUGUCCUCCGGAGUGGAACAGUUUUAAAUCGAGGUGUUACUACAUGUCUACCGAGCAAAAGACCUGGAAUGAGAGCCAAAACUUUUGUAAGCAGAAAGGAGCGGAUCUGGUCAUUAUCAACAGCAAAGAAGAACAGGGCUUUAUUGACCUCUUUAAUCAGCCUUUCUGGAUUGGUCUGAGUGACAAAGAGACAGAAGGAACCUGGAAAUGGGUGGAUGGAACAAUAAUGUCAACGCAAAAAGUGUGA